AUGAGCCAGCAGCCGCAGAUGAACAUGGCCGCCAUGGGAGGCCAGAUGGGCGGGCCUGUCGGAGGCGCUGGAGUCGGCACACCCACAAACUCUGGCGGCCCGAUGGACCAAGAGACUCCACGACUGAAGCUGAACACGGUUAUAUACGACUACCUCCUUCGCAACGAACUAUACUCCGUCGCGCGAGAGCUGAACAAGCACGUCGACAUCGACACCAAGCCGCAGAAGCAAUCACCGAACCAGCGAGGCGGCCAGGCGAACGGAGUCGGAGAUGGCAUGGACAUCGAUGGGAUAGAUGCCGACUUCGCGAACAAGCCGGACGACCUGCCGAUCCCGGCGAUUUAUGGCGGCCAAGGCAAUUUCCUGCAAGAUUGGUGGUUCCAGUUCUGGGAGAUCUGGGAGGCGCACAGGAACAGGCCGAUAAACGGCCAGACGCAGGCAUACCUCAAGGCGCAGCGCGCGCAGCAGCAGCACAACCGCAUGCAGAUGGGGAAUAUUGCGCAGGCGAACUCGCAGAUGCGCAACUUCAACCCGAUGAUGCAGAAUGGUGGUGUUAUGGGUAUGCCCGGCGGUGAUCUCAAGCGGCAGGCGAUUCAGAAUCGGAAUAUGAACCCGGCGCACAUGGCGCAAAUGCAGAAUCUGAAGGCAGCAGGAGCGAACGGGCAGAUGAUGCAUGCCAACAACCAGAUGGAGCGCUCCAACUCGCAGAUGGACAACCGAACGAGCUCUCCAGGCUCGGGUGAGGCCCCGUCGCCCAAGCGGCAAAGGCUCGAGGGUGGAAUGCAGCAGAUGAACCAACGGCCUGGUCAACCCGGACAAAUGCAACAACCAAACCAGGUGGGUUCCCCAUUUGUUCUUUCUCCCCUUCCCCAAGCCACACUUGGACGCCUUCGCGUGAGACUGCACAGUGAAGAUCACCUCGCAGUGGACGAAAUCGCGCCUGAGGCAUCCUCCAAGCUUGCCACACAGCGUACUGAUGUACAGGGACAGUCUGUGGGAGACUACUCUCAAAACAUGCGGCGGCAGCAUCAGGCAUUCAUGGCAAAUGUCAAUACUCCAGAUUCUAACGUCUCCAAGGGUCUCCCGCCCAACAUGGGCCCCGGCGGAGCUCAAGGCAGCCCACUGAGCCAGCAAGGCAUGGACGGCGCGACCGGCGAGUUCUACGCUGCCGCUGCUGCGAACGGCGGAGGUCGCAUGCAAAUGCAGGGCGCGGGCAACGCGGCGGCCGGAGGGCAGAACAGUGGCAACGGCAAUCACGCUUUGCAGGAUUAUCAGAUGCAACUGAUGUUACUUGAGCAGCAGAAUAAGAAGCGGCUGCUCAUGGCGAGACAGGAGCAGGAUAACAUGUCCGGCGGCUCAGCGGGCCAUCCGGGUGGUAAUGGACCCAACGGCACUUUCCCACCAGGUAUGUUGGCCCAAGGAAGCCCGAGCGGCAGCAAUGCUUCACCAAACCCCAACGAUGCGUUGCGUGGCACGCCACCGCCGGGCGCCGCCAUGAUGGACCCAAACAGCAUCCCGCCACAGAUGCGCAACCAGAUGAUGAUGGGCCCGAACGGCAUGCGACCUCCGUCAUCACAUCCGGGCGGCAUGACGCAGGAGCAGAUGCAGAUGAUGAGGGCGUCGGGCAUGCAGAUGCCGAACGGCCAGUUUGCGCCUGGACAGCAGCCUCCUGGCCAGAUGAUGCCGGGGCAACCUGGGCCUGGUCCGCAGGGGACGCCGAGGAACACCAAUAUGCCUCCACCGCCUGCGCCACAAGCGAAUGUGGGUGGUACGGGGCCGAGCAGUCCGUCGCAGCAGCCUGCGCCGCCUACGCCUAGUACGGCGAAUAAGGCGAAGCCGGGCGCGAAGAAGGAUACGAAGAAGAAGGGCAAGAAUGCGCCAGCGAACGCCACACCAGCAACGGAGUCCGAACAUCCACCCACUCCCACCCCCGCAACACCCAACACACCUAUGAACCCGAACUCCUUCGCCAACAAGGCAGGCGGCCAACAAAUGCCCAACGGCCAACCUCCACCCAACCAGCCCCACGCCACGUCCGCCCCGGGCGGCGCUGGCACCCAACAGCCCGGCGCUCCACCGCAGAACGGCACCGCCGCGCAGCAGCAGCAAAUGGACCAUUCGACCAACCUCGAACCGUUCGGCAACCUGGGCAACCCGGACUUCGGCAUGGACGAGCUGGACUUCGGAGGCAUGGAGUCCGGCGACGCGCUCGAUAACUUCGACUUCGAUAGUUUCCUGAACAACGACGACGGGGCGCUGGGGUUUGACGCGAAUUUUGCUUUUGACGGCAAUGCGAUUGGGAAUGGGAUUGAGGGGGCUAAUUAG